AUGAUUACGUUAAAAAAAUUCGUUGCGAUCGUUUUGAUCCUGGCAAUCUGUCUUUUCGUUUUACCUGACGCUAUUCCUCUCGAUUAUGAACAGGGUGACCAAACCUUCACAUUUGAACCAGGCUACGUCGUUGGAGGAAACGCUAACGCCAAUGUCGGAGAUAACGGCCAAGCCAUUGCCAUUGGCGGAAACGCAAACGCUAUAACCGGAAAUAACGGUCAAGCUAUCGCCAUCGGUGGCCCCGCCAUCGGCGGCAAUGGUGGUAACGGUGGUAGCUCUUAA